CUUUUUUUUGGCUCCAUUUCAGGGUCUUCAGCUUAUUGUUGUGUGCCUGUCUUGGAACUGGUGACUGACAACUGGCGAGUGGCGACUAGUGACUAACUUGCAAAGAGCAACUUACAGUACAACUGGCACCCCUCUGUGGGCUAUUCUGAUUGGCACUGAAUGUCGAUCCAGCGCUCAAGAUCUUCAGUCUCCCCUGAGAUGUGCUUCUAAUUAUACCGAAUCCGACGCAUUGUGGAGUUCCAGACCACCAGUGGACUCUUGCCUGGUCCACUCAGCGCGAAUUGUUCUCGUCUCAUUACCCUCUCCGCUUAUUAAACUGCCCUGAAAGCGGCCUCACUGGCAAAAAGUCUCAACUUCCGAACUCGCCCCUAGUCAUUCGUUUAUCCCCACGGGGUCUCUUUGUUGUUUCUUCAGCCUUCGUCUUCCCUCUGAUCAAUGGAAAAAUGGGUCCUGAUCAACAUGCUCAACUGGAUGCCUUUGGGUUGAUCUUCCCACUGCCACUACGGGUAGCUGCGCUUCUGGUUGCUGGUUUUUGGGGAUGGGGUCUGAAUCUUCAAUAUUUGGCAAAAGCGAACAUUGACGUUCCUGCUCUCGUCAAAUACCCUGGCCGCACAUCCUCCUCCCAACGCCCGCACCACACCGCCGUCUACCGCCUGGCGACAUUCUUCACCAUCCCCCUCACCCUGUGGUUCGUUGUUUUUUGGCUCGCCACCCGCCGGUCCCCUGAACUGGUAGAACGACUCGACUGGAUCCCUCAGUCCGUUUUCAUUAUCCUCCUUGUUAUCCUGAUUUGGCCCUUCAACCGCGCAUCUCGUUCAGGCCGCAUUCGAUUCCUUCUUACCCUCAAGCGGAUCAGUAUCGGUGGUCUAGCUGAGUCCCAAGAUGGCAAGUUUGGUGAUAUUCUGCUGGCAGAUGCCCUGACUAGCUAUGCUCGCGUGCUGGGGGACCUAUACGUCAGCUUCUGCAUGUUCUUCACCGACGGCCUCGCCGCAACCUCCAAACCCAACCGGGCCUGCGGCAGCGAAAUCGUCGUCCCUAUUAUUAUCGCGGUUCCCAGCUUGAUCCGUUUCCGCCAGUGUUUGAUCGAAUAUGUGCGUGCGCGACGCACUACGACCCGGAGAGAGACACAAAAGGGUAACCAGCACCUGGCCAACGCCCUCAAGUACGCUACUGCGUUCCCUGUCAUUUGGAUGGCUUCCAAGAUGCGCAACUAUAACCCCUUGGAUUUCCAUGGAUACAGCGAGAUGAGCAUGAUGCGCCUCUUGUUCAUCGUCUCUUUUAUCAACUCCGCAUACUCAUUCUGGUGGGAUGUUGUCAAGGAUUGGGAUAUGACCCUCUUCUCCCCGGAACGACUCGAUAACGACCACCCGUAUGGACUCCGCCGUUACCGCUACUUCUCAUCCGACAAGUUAUACCACUACGUCAUCAUUGCGGACCUAGCACUUCGUUUCUCAUGGCUUUGGCGCAUUGUCCCGGGUUUCGGCUGGAUCCCAGAAACCGAGAGCGGCCUAUGGAUAUUGAUGUUCCUCGAAGUUGCACGCCGCUGGAUGUGGGUGUUCUUCCGAACCGAAGCCGAAUGGAUUCGGAAUACCCAUGGCCCUGGACCUGAAGAUGUUCUCCUUGGCGAGUACAACCACAAGUUCGACGCGGACUAAAUUUGUUUAUAUUCGCCUACGAACGCACCUUCAGGCGACAUGGAACGAGAAUGAGACACAGAAUCCCCGCUUUCAACCUAUCACAACGGUUGAUUUUCAAGAGCAUAGAUGCUCUCCUUACCACCCGCAUAUCCCCCAACCCACCCAAUGCUAGAACAGCGAUAGAUGAGGCCUAGGUUUGGCUUUCUUUCCGCGCGUGGAACUAUUUUAUCCAACGCCCUGUACGCCUAUAGUUUUCAUUCAUUUCAGACGUGUGUUCUUUGCACUACACGACUUUCAGUUUCCUUGGACUCAUUUGAGGCUGUGGUUUCACAGUCAGCUCAUGGAUUUUGGUGUUCGAUUUUGGAAUCCGCCCUCGCGGCAAGCAUCAUGUGGUUUUUUUCCUGGUCGUUUUCUGUCUACUGCGCCUGAUCCUCUUCCUUGUAUAAAUAUCUUCCUAGGAUCGCCCUGGUCUGACGUCUGCAUCUACCCUUGCCUUUUCUGUCUCUUUUUAUAACAUAUACCACAUCUAUCGGAUCGAAUCUCUUAUCCUUCCCUUUUCUUAUUCUUUUUCUGGAGUUCUUCCCGGAGCUUGGCUGCUAGAGAGUCCAGUGGUGACAUCUAUUAUAUAGAUUUUUUGGGUUCUACCUAAUGAUGAGCGACUAUAAUGAUCAAGAUUUGAAUACGGCCCGUUCGUUCGGGACAGACCUGGCUCAAAUCCAUUGAAAAAAAAGGACAUCUAAGAACAUCAUUUCCUGUGCGUACAAAUUGAUAUGGGACUAUCG